AUGCAAAUUUCUCAAUUUUCUACUUUAUAUUUCUAUUCUUUCACUAUAUAAUCAUUUUAAAUAUACCCUCUUAAAUUCAUUAAUCAUCAAUUAAAAAAGAGUUAAACUUGA